GUUUAAUAGUUUGGUUGAAACAUUUAUUGUCUUUUAACUUCUACUAACAAUAGUACUAUAGUAAUACUCUCGAAAUGACAGCUACGGAACAACUUGUGAUAGUUGAACAGCUAGUAUUACAAGAACGUAAAAUUGUCACUUACGGGUGGUUGAGCAAAUACCUCAACAUUCACGCUAACAAAGCAAAACAACUACUUUAUGAGUUUAUUUCUGAAUACAAACCUUCUAAGGAAAAUAAUGUUCAUGCUAUCUAUUGUAUUUGUGGUCUUACCGCAGAUAAUAAACAACAUACCGUAACCUUAGUAACUCAGGAAAAGUUAGAAGCAGCACGAAAAGGGUUCACUCGCUUGACAAGCUUGCACGUUUACAGCGUACAACCAGUGUGUCCCACUGAAGCUGAGCUAAUCAAGGCAGGACGAGAACCUAUCGAUAAAGUUGCUAAUGAACCUGUCUUAAACACAAAUAAAGACGCGACAACUGUCACUUCAACCUUAGUUUCACAAUCCAUUGAUGUUAAAGAGUCUCCUAAGCCUGAAAAAGUAGAUGAAAAGAAGCUAGCAAAAAGCAAAUCAACAUCCUCGGAGAAAUCAACGCCGAUUACUGUGGCAAUUAAAAACACGGUUUCACAAGCAAGUGAUAAAACUUCCGAUAUUGAUUCAGUUUCGAAUAAGACUGCUCCUCAGGAUGAAUCAGAAGCUUCAAAUAAAAAGGAAAAGAAAAGAAAGAGCAUUGAAGUUGAAAGUAAUCAUAGUGAAGAUUUUGGUGGAUCAAAAGAAGAGCAAACGAAUAAAAAAUCCAAAAAACAAACUACCGCCAAACAAAAAGAUGAUAAAACUAGCGAUAUCACUUCACUUUUGAAUAAAGCUGCUUCCCACAAAGAGUUAAAGGCUUCAAAUAAAAAAUCAAAAAAGAGAAAAAGCGAUGAAGCUAUUGAUUUCGAGAUUUCGGAAGAAGGGAAAGCAGCGAACAAACAGAAGAACGAUAAGGAAUCUCUUCAAAGUGAUGAUAAUUCCCAAAAUAAAGUAACGACAAAAAAUAAAGUCGUGAAGAAAAGGAAAAGCUAUAAGGUUGCAGAUGAUCUUAAUCAACAAGUCGAAGCUUCAAAAAUUGUCGAGCGAAAAAAUGGUAUUGCCUCACUCUUAAAUAGAGUUGAUAAGACAGAACAACAAUUAGAAAUUAGUGACAAACUAGAUAACUUAGAUAUCAACAAUGACAAGAAAGACCAGUCACAAGGUAAACUAUCGGUUGCAUUAGUACAAAAUACUCCUUUAACGGCCCAACAAAAGAAAAGAGGAAGACGUCAGAUAUUGAAGUCUAGAUCAUAUGUGAAUGAAAGAGGAUAUACCGUACACGAAAAUUAUCACGAAUGGGAGUCAUUUUCAGAAGACGAAUUAGUUUCUGAAAAAAAGCCACAAAAAGUAAUCAAGGCAGAAGAACCCAACAUCACUGCUAAACGUGGUAAAAAGAAAAAGGGAGACAACGGUUCACAAAAGAGCUUGUUAAACUUUUUUGGAAGAAAAUGAUCAAACACUUCGUUUAAUAAUAUUUCUUUUAUUAUUUAGAUAGUAGAAUUCAUUUAUAUAUGCUGUAAUUUGUAAUAUUUUUUAUUUUAUCAAACCAAAGAUGAAAAAUCUGAUUUCAAUGAAUACAAAUAUAAAUUUAAUCAAUCCUUGUUGUGCGAG